AUGUCCGGCGCCCAAGUUCCACGAAAUUUCAGACUGUUGGAAGAGUUAGAGAAGGGCGAAAAGGGACUCGGGGAUGGGACUUGCUCGUAUGGCUUAGCCGACGGCGAUGACAUCACGAUGACUAAAUGGAACGGAACAAUCAUCGGACCCAGUAAUAGUUUCCAUGAAAAUCGGAUCUACGAUAUCAAGAUCACCUGCGGAGACUGCUAUCCCGACUUCCCACCCACGAUCUUCUUCCUCACCAAAAUCAAUCUACCUUGUGUCAACCAAACAACUGGCGAGGUUGAGCCGUCGAAAUUCCCAGUCCUAUCGGGAUGGAAGAGGAACUAUACGUUAGAGACAGUCUUGGUCGAAUUACGAAGGGAGAUGUUGCGGGCCGGAAGAAAGUUGAUCCAGCCUCCUGAAGGGACGAUGUUCUGA